AAGCAUCCUUGGAAACAAGUACACAUGUGGUUGGACAUGUUUUUAAAGUUACCUUAUACAAGGGGCUUCUUAGCAUGGUUUUAAGGUAUGCUUUAAAUCAGAUUGCUGCUGAGUAUGAGCGUGUACAUUAUGCUGGAAUGAAUCCUUCUCGUUGUGGUUAUGUCAUGAGAACUAUGCACGAUCUUCCUUGUGCAUGUGAGCUAUCUAAAUAUGUUCUUGGUAGUAUCCCACUAGAUUCAAUCCAUAUGGUUUGGAGGAGACUAAGUUUUUCAAACCAAGGGUUAUCUGAGCCCCAAGUGACCAUUAAGGAAAAGAUGGAAACCAUAUCUAAGCGAUUUGAGGAACUUGAUGUUUGUGGUAAAGUAACUCUAAAGAGUAAACUUCGGGAAAUUGCAUACCAUAAUCAAAACUCUAUGUACCCUCCUCCAAAAAAGGUCAACACUAAAGGUGCACAGAAGAAACCCAUGAACAAAAACCAAAGAUCAACAAAGUGUGAUCCGUCUUACUAGGAGUAUGUUGAUGCUUUACAUUAUGUGCAAAAUAGUAAUUCUUCAGUGAAGCGUAGUGCAUCAUCUUCUAACCAGCCUAUUCCAAGAAGGAUCAUGCCGAUGUUGGAUCAAUUUCAUUUGUUUAUACACGAUUUCAUUGACAACAUUGUGGAUGUCAAAGCUGACGAUAACUGUGGAUAUCGUGCAAUUGCUACUUUAUUAGGUAUGGGUGAAGAUUCUUGGUCCUUGGUGUGUAACCAUUUGCUUAAAGAACUUGACAAAUGGUCAAAUGACUAUAUCAAGCUCUUUGGUGGCACAUACAGAUUCGAGGAAUUAAGGAGGUCCCUACUUGUUGAUGGAUUAUCCAUGGUUACUAUGGAUAAGUGGAUGGAUAUAACCGAGAUGGGAUAUGUCAUUGCAUCAAGGUAUAAUGUAAUCCUUGUAUCGUUGUCACUACAACAAAGCAUGACGUUCUUUCCUCUUAGAAGUCAAUCACCAAUAGAUUCUUCUGUGCAUCGCAUAAUAUGUAUCAGUCACGUCUAUGGCAAUCAUUUUGUUCAGGUUUAUUUAAAAGACUGUUGUCCUUUACCGCCUCUAGCAUUGUUAUGGUCUAGGAAUUGUCAUCCUCAGGCAAAGCAAUGGCCAACUCCAUAUAUUAGUAUAAUGCAUCAGUACAGAAACUGGAUGAUGUUGAAAAGAUACUAUGUGGACAUAACUGAAGAUUGAACAUCUAGCUUCUAAUGACUUUGUAAUGUCCUACAUUAAUAUAUAAUUGUUAGGUUGUAUAUUCACAUAAUUGUUAGUAGCUUUGUUACAUUAAACUUAAUUGUUUAAGGUGUAGAACUUAUGAAUUUACUGUGACAUCA